GAGGCGGUCUGCGACGGGCGGGCGAACACAUUCGCCGCAUCGCGUUGAUCUCAUUAGUAGUCUCACUUCUCACACAAGUCGAUUUUCCCGCGUCGAGGCGUACGCCCGCUUCGUUAGUUCGCGCCAAAAUGUCAUCAAUUCGAAAUACGAACGUAUAUUUAUAACGAUUAUUUGAAGCAAUUCUCUUUUUUACAUAUUAUUCUUAACGUCAGUAGAAAAAAAAUCGUUGAAGUGAUUCGUGAAAAUUGCCAUGUGCAUAUUGUGGUGUUAACUUUUUUUUACAAUGGACACAGUUUGUGUUGUAAGUUUUAUUUAGUGCGUGAGAAUUUUCUGUUAUCAAAAACAUGGUCCGAGGAUUUUAUUUUUUAGUUUUGCUUGUUCUCCAUUCGCUCGCCAAAGCAAAUAGUUCUAGUCUACUAUGUGGUCGUACGAACAAGAAGGACUUAGGACUGAACUCCGCUACCGGAACGGCCCUCGCUCUUGCCUUGGUGAGGCCUCCGACUGCUCCACUGGCGCCUUGUCAGCUGAAUCUGUCAGCCCCGGAAGCCACCGCUUUUGCCGUUCGACUUAUUGAUGUUAAGGAAUCAUUGUCCGAUUGGGAGCGGGGCUUCACCGAGCUUCAGGCGUCAGGAGCCGCCGGCCGCAAGUGGAGCGCGCGGGCUCCAGCUCACGCACAAGACACCGCUACCGAUCAAGCAGCACCCGCCAAUAACAACACUGACGCUUGUAAAUUGCUUGUGUACGUGUCUGAUGCGAAGAAUCCAGCAUGGCGUUUGUCGUUAUGCGGUGGGAACUCGGUGGCCAUCGCUGCAAGAGCUGGAACGAAGCUGCUGCCGCCGAAGAUCAAGAUAGUCUGGAAUCCACCCAGCUCGCCAUACCAACAUACAGAGAAACUGCGUCUUGUGGUUGCCGCUGUUUAUAGUGGAGCUGUCUGUAGCAAUGAGUCUCAGUUCGUAUGCGGCGCAACGAAUCUUUGCGUUUCUUCGUAUUUGGUCUGCGAUGGAGUCCGCCACUGUCCCGGCGGAGAAGACGAGGACCCUAGUGCUUGUUCUCAUAGACGGGACCCUCCCCUGCUGGAACUCCUCAGGAGGUUUGCUGCCAGAAAUCAAGAGCUGCUCGGUCUGGACCAGCCUGAAGGCAUAACGAAGCCUUCAGUCAUAAUGAAGAUCAGUGAAAGUGAGAAGUCUUCGAACGCGUUCAUGGAGUUCGCGGCUGCCCUGAAGCCGUACGGACCUUGGAGCUACCUCGUGGUCGGGAUGCUGGUCUGCGCCACCAUACUCAUGUUCUGUCUCGCUUGGGAAUGUUGCUGUAAGCGCUCCAAGCCUUCGGAUACCCCCCUCAACAUGCCGGCCUCAUGUAUCGACCUGUCACCGACCGUCACAGUGACGGCUGCCUCGCAACAGCUGUUCACGCAGCCCCUGCCCCCAACCCCUCCCGAGUACGAGCCGCCCCCGUCGUACGCCUCCCUCUUCCCCAGAGCUUUCAAAUCAUCCCCCACUCCGGUACCGCACUGCUCGCACCAAGAGCCCCCGGAUUGAAAUGUUUAGUUUAUCGAAUUUGUAGGUUACGUAGGCAGCGGAACAAGACAAUUCGCUAUUAAUUUUCUUGUAAAUAGCUUUAAUAGUAAAUCUUAUUCCAAUAAAACUUUUGUAUUCGUUUUUUUUUUUUUUGAUUAGUUAUUUUUGCAAAAGUUUUCGAAUAUAAAAAUAUGUAUUUACCAUUCAAAUUAUAAUCAAUCUAAGUUAAGUUUUAUAAUUCAUAGUUCACUUGAUCUGUCAUUCUUUACAAGUAAAAAAAGCAUUCUGUUGGAAUACAUACUGUAGGCGCGCGAGUUCAUGUCCAUCCUGAGGAAUGCGGUAGUGCUGUGACCUAAUUAAUUAUGGUAAAUUCGAUAAUAACUACCGAUUUAGUCAA